AUGGCUAAUUACCCAAAUCAGUCAUUGAAUCAACAGAUUCAACAACAAAAUGGUUGCAUUCAUGAACUUAUGUCUAAAUGUAAUGUAAAUAUUAGUGAAGAUCAACCCCAUGUUCAAUCAACAUCAGUUGUUAAUAUACAACCAUUGAAUUCACCUUCUACAUCAAUUAGACGUACAUUGUCUUAUGAUACAGAAGAUGAUUUUACAUUAGUUAGAAGUGAAAAAUAA